AUGGCGAAGACCCCUGCUGACAUCACAGAAGUGGAGAACUACCGAACAGCGAUGCGUAAAAUGGCAGAGGACAUCAUAGCCCUGAGGACCCAGGUGGUAACCUUGGGGACGGACAACAGCCAACUCCGUAGUGAUCUCACGCUGCACCAGGACCUAGGGCGCCACUUAUUGGACGAUACUGAUGUCGACGUCAUGACCAAGGCAGAGGUCGCUGACCGGAUAGCCUCUCUGAAGUUGAAACUGGCCAGUGAGAGCAGCAAGGCUUCAGCUCAGAGAGACAAGAUACAACAGCUACAGAAUGAUCUGAUCAGGAAGAAUGACAGUGAAAAGGAGCUGCUGCGUCUCCAGAGAGCUCACCAGCAGCAACAGACCGUCCUACAGCGAUUCCACAGGACUGUCUCCAAGACUGCAAACCUGGAGGCCACUGUUCAACAGCAGGAGAAGAUCAUUGAGAAGAUGGAGAAGCUUCUGGACAACACAUUGGCAGAGAAGAGCAAGGACAAUGCAGAGAGGAAGAUGAAGAUGAAACCAACAGGUGAGACAGGAGAGUUUUCAGAGAGGAAGUUGAAGAUGAAACCAACAGUAGGCGAGGAGGAUAACAGGAAGGAGAUAGCGGCAGCAGCAGAGAACAGUCGACUCAGAGGAGAACUGGACAAGAUACAUCCCCAACCUCCACAAGCUGCCAUCAUCAUACAGCCUGCACAGGUGUUCCCAGACAGAGAGAGGCUGAGUCUGCUCAGUAAGCUGGAGAAGGCUGAGACCAGAGUACGAACACUUGAGAAACAGCUGGAAGAUAACUCAAAGCGAUGGGGCAGACAGAAACAAGACAUGCUGACCAGACUCAGUGAACACAUCUACGGUUUGGAUCGCACGUCAUCCACCAUCGUCCAUGAUCUACCCCUGAAGAGCCUGACCUCUGACCUCCCUGCUACCUGUGUGUCUGUCUCCUUCAGAAGAGUGUGUCAGAUUCUGUGCUGGAGCGUACCCGACAAAGAGAGCUGAAGCCGGUGAAGAAGUGACCCUACCUCCCAUACUUGACCUCUAACCCCCGACUACCUGUGUGUAUGUCUCCUUCAGAAGAGUCCGACCUCUAACCCCCGACCUCCUGGCUACCUGUGUGUCUGUCUCCUUCAGAAGAGUCUGACCUCUAACCCCGACCUCCUGACUACCUGUGUGUCUGUCUCCUUCAGAAGUCUGAACUCUGACCCCCGACCU